GGUGACAUGUUGCAGCUGCUGUAGACGACAAGCUCAAAACGACAGCUUAUCUCGUUGUUUGAGAAAGUCAGUGCUACUGCGCACGUUAUCUGCUAACAGUAAACAUGCUUUUAAUUUAAUCACGAAUAACCAAAUGGUAGUGUUUAAGUGUAUCGUGAGCAUGUAAGUGGGUUGUAAAGUAUCUUAGCGAACGUAAAAUACCAAACAUCUGAAAGACAAAACACUAGUGCCCAUGUUAUGUAGCUAGCUAGUUAGCAGUAGCACAGACUCAAGCUAGUUUUGAUCUGUAAUCGUGUAAUCUAACAAGACCACAGGUUGCAACAUGGGACGAAAGAAGCAAGGCAAGUUUGCGCGUUCUGACAAUAAAAGCAAAGACAGACGGCAUAGAAUGAAGGGAAAAUCGUUGGAGGCUUUUACAGAAGAAAUGCACUCCGCUUUUGAAGCAAGUCUUAACUUGGAAGACGGAGCACAGGCCCCACAGGUGAAGCUACCUUGCCCACUGGCCAUGUGGGAGUUGGGUCAUUGUGAUCCAAAACGAUGCACUGGCAGAAAGCUGGUGAGGAAGGGUUUUGUUCGUAACCUCCGACUCAAUCAGAGGUUCAGUGGACUCAUACUGAGUCCAAUGGGCACAAAGUACGUGACACCAGCAGACAGAGAGAUUGUGGCUCAGAAUGGGUUAGCAGUGAUUGACUGUUCAUGGGCCAAACUGGAAGAAACGCCCUUCAGUAAGAUGGUUGGCAGUCAUCCCAGGUUGCUGCCGUACCUCGUUGCUGCAAACCCCGUCAACUACGGCAAACCCUGCAAGUUAUCUUGCGUUGAGGCAUUUGCUGCCACGUUUUGCAUCGUUGGGUUUGAGGAACUGGCUGUUCUCCUGUUGAACAAGUUUAAGUGGGGGAGCGUGUUUCUGGAACUGAAUAAAGUCCUGCUUGAACGCUACGCUGCGUGUCACUCAGAGGAAGAGCUGCUCUCGGUGGAGAAGGAGUUUCUCACGUCAAAACCAGAAGUGGAGGAGUUUGAUCCGUUUGAUGUUAACUCUGGAGUGGAGUGUAGGAAUCUAAACAGACAUCAGUGUGAUGAUAACAAUGACGACGACGAUGGUGAUUCGAGUGAGGACAGUGACGCGUCAGAUAAUGGAGACAAAGCAGAAGGACACCACUCGGACGUCGACGAUGAUUGACGCUCUCAUAUCAGGAGGAAAAUAAAGACUGAAUCUAAUAUUUAAAUCAUUUUAGUGCAACAACUGAAUAUAUUUUUGGAAAACUAUACACAGUCCAUUUUCCCAAAAAUCUGAAAACUUUCUAAUGUAAAUAAAGAUAAAUGCAGGGACUGAAACAAACUAUUCUUGUUUAAAAAUUUUAGAGGACUUAAAUUCGAUGGCAACAGAGUGUACAAAAACCAUCUGAGGAGGCUGUUUAAGACCGGAAGGGAAUGCCAGUAAACAUAAACCAGGAUCAUUUUCUCUCUUUUCUAUAUGUCAUCUCACUUCUAAUAUAUUUAUCUAUGAAAAAUGUUUCAAAACUUACCAUCUAAACUCAAUAUUUAAAGUAAAUAAAAUAUUAAGAAGUCAGCAACUGAAAAUAUGUAAUUGGUUUGGAUUUUAUGGAUUCUGUAUUAUAUUUAUAAUUGUAUAAUUGUAUUGUAUUCAGUAAUUGAAGAGUUUACUGUAAUUUAAGUCCCAAUUUAUAAAUUUAACAUCCAUGAUGCUUUACAUAAAUGCACACAAUAUGAGUUGCUUGCACAUUUGUGAAUGCUUUAUGACUAAUUAUAGAUGCUGCCAUUCAGAAGUUACCUGAUUUCAUCAAAAAAUUGCCAACAAUGAAUUUUCAGACAUGGAACAGCAGUGUAACAAGUCCAGGACUGACCUGGAUUACUGGCCGUACAGUUCAGUCACUUCAUAAAAAGAUGAUGAAAAAAUA